UGCCUGCUCUCUCAGUGUUUUUUGAGCCUCUGCAGGGUGCUGUGUACAGUAGCAGGACCAUGACUUCUCUGAUACUGCUCUCCUUAUGCCUGCUCAGCUGGAGAGGUGCUUUGGGGCAGCCGGAUGGUGUACUGCAGGUUAAAGCAAAAGUGAGUGAAACCAUUAAGUUGCCAUGCAGUUCAUACAAAGAUGGAGAGUCCAACAACAAAACCCUGGAGUGGCUCAGUAAAAAAACUACAGAGAAGGUGAUUUAUCGCAGGGGUCCCAAUGGGCUCACUGUUCCUGAUCCUGAGCUGAAGGAGCGAAUGAGUGUGGAUGAGCACUUCACCUUAGAAAUAACAGAUGUCCGUGUCCAAGAUGAAAUGAUAUUUAUCUGCCGAGUGGUAGAUACCAGCACCAAAGAAGAUGCUGUACAGUUACUCGUUUUCAAGGCACCAGAAUCUCCAGAGAUCAUAAUGACAAAAACCAGCUUUCGCUCAACAGAUGAAAUCUCUGAGUUUGGAAGCUGUAAAAGUGUGAAUGGGUACCCACUUCCUACUAUCACCUGGUAUAAGAAUGACUUGCCUCUGAAACAUAAACAGAAUGAGGUGCAAAUAAGUUCCUUAAAUACCCAGCUUUCCAGUGGUUUAUACACAGUUGAGAGUUCACUGUCUCUGCCUCUUCAAAAAGAUGACGAUAAAGCAGACAUCUACUGUGAAGUCUCCUACCAUCUCCCUUCUGGUGACCAUAUGAUGGAAUCUGAAAAAAAGAACAUCACUGUUUUGUAUCCAAGUAAGAGUGUAAGACUGUUCCGGUUAUUUCCCAUUGGGCCAGUAAAAGAGGGCGAUGAUGUAGAAUUAAAGUGUGAGGGCGAUGGAACCAUGCCUCUGGAUAUAAACUACAAAAGGAAAGGCGAGGAAUUGAAUUUAGGAGAAGGUCCAUCCUUGAUUUUGGAGAAAGUUACUCACAGCUCCUCAGGGACCUAUGAGUGUACUGGAAUGGACUUUGAGAAUUUAGACGAAAGCAUGACUGAUGAGAUUGAGCUUCAAGUCCAUUUUCUCGAUCAGCCUGAGUUUUCUCAGAUGUCCCCUGUUGUUGUGCAUCCUGGUGACCACCUGAGUGUGUCUUGUGAAGCAAAUUCCUCAGUCGAGACAGAGACCCUGUGGAAGCAUAAGGGUCACAUUAUGGCCCACGACUCAUUUCUUACUCUGAGUGAGAUUACUCAUGCAAUGUCCGGGAAGUAUAUAUGCAUUGUAACUCUACCCAGUGUACCAGGGCUGAGUGUUAGCAAAGAGCUGGAAAUUAUUGUUAAAGGAAAACCAGAACUGUCUGUGAGCUCAAAGUCCAUCUACGUGCAAGAGAAUAAUCUAGCGACUGUGACAUGUAAGGCACUGGCUCAUCCAAAACCCACCAUCACUUGGUCUGCCAAUGGCACAACGUCAGAAAUGAUGGAGGGCCCCGAAAUAACUAGUGAGCUGUCCUUCAUAGUGACCUCCGAGCUGCUAGAUAUUGGAGUAGUCGUCUGUAAGGCAACAAACAAAAUGGGUAGCAGCAAAGAAGAAAUAAAACUAUAUCUGUCAACCACACCUCCUGUUUCUGUGACUACUAGUUCAGAUCUGUUGACUUCACCAGCUCCUGAGAAUAACACAGGAUCAGGAAACACAGUACCUUCAGAUACAAAAAAAGAUGUCCUUCGUGGAGGCAGUCAUGGUGUACUGAUUGUGGUUGUUAUUAUCUGUAUCCUGCUUCUGGCCAUCCUGGGAGCUGUGCUGUACUUUCUCUACAAAAAGGGCCGCAUUCCGUGUGGGCGUUCAGGAAAACAAGACAUUACGAAGCCUGGUGAGAAGGAACAGAUUGUUGUGGAGAUGAAGCCAGAUUCGCCCGCUGAAGAAUCAGUCCUGCUGCCUGGAGCGCAAGAAAAGAAGCCUCCAGGAGAUCAGGGGGAGAAGUACAUGGAUUUAAGAAACUGAAUCAGUCCGAUGUUGGAGUAAAUGGAUCCGUCUUUCGUAUUAUGUCUACAGCCCUACAUUGUCCUUAAAACUGCCAUUAGCCACCUCCUCCCCGUCCAGUACAGGAGUUGCUCUGUGGCUGAUCUCUGGUUAAAUCUGCAUACAAAGACUGUGGCAGUAAACCAACAGAACUGCCAUACCCAGAGAUUGUAUUUGCCUGCAGAUAGCCUUAAGGUGGCUGUUUUAUUAUAAUAUUGCCAUCCAGAAGAUGCCUGAUAACUAAGUGACCUUUGUGGCUUGCAGCUCAACUGCCUAUCACUGUUUACUCUGUGGACACAAAACUGACCCUGAGGUGGCCUUGGAAUUCCUGCCUUUGUUUAGUUUCAAGGCAAGGGUAUUUUAUGCAAAGUAACGGGUUGGAAAGAGUUAAACCCCCAAAUCUCUAAGCACAAAUGAAGAUUACUGUCCAAACUGAAGCACUGACAAUCCCCCCUCCCAUUUCUACUCGGAAGAGAGAAAGCCCUAUGUCCAUGCACUGUAUUCUAUCCUCAGAUUGUAGAUAUGGAAAUUACCCCUAUAAAAAAAACAAAAAAACAGUACCUAUCUUAAAGGAAAGAAAGGGCAUAUGAUUCUUCCCAAAGACACUGUGGGGCCAAUAUACUGACAUGUGUACUCUUUGACAACAGUGCAUUUAACCAAUGGCAAACAAUCAAAAAUUUGCAUUUGACCAGUCAAGAUGAAAGAAAAGAUCUGAUUGGUUGCUGUAGGUACCUGCACUUGUGCAAUUUAGCACCUGUUAGUUAAAAAAAAAACACCUCUAUAAAGCAGUAAGGGGUUUCUCCUAUGGUAUUUCCUACAUUACAUGCUGAAAACAGCUUUAUUUAGAACAGAUAUAUUUACGAUAUAUAUAUAUAUAUUUGUUGGUUUGUGUGUAAAUCUAAGGAAUCUAUUAAAGCUUUGCUUUUUUUAAAGUAUGUGAAAACAAAUAUGUUUAAA